AUGUCUGUGAGAAGAGGUCAGACCAAGAGCUACUUUGCCAGUGCAGAUGACACUAAAAUUUGUGUCGUUAUGGUUGGCCUUCCAGCCAGGGGCAAAAGUCUCAUAGCUGGGAAAGCAAUGCGAUAUCUUGCUUGGGUCGGCAUACCUGCUCGUGUAUUUAACGUGGGAAGCUAUCGCCGAAAUAAUACACCGCAACCAAAUGCCACCUUCUUUGACCCUCACAACUCCGAGGGAGAGAAGAUGAGAAAGGCUGCUGCAGAAGCUGCCAUGUCGGAUAUGCUUCAAUGGUUUAGCUCUGGAAAGGGGGUUGUGGCUAUAUUAGAUGCUACCAAUUCGACUAAAUCUCGGCGAAGUUGGAUUUACGAAAGCUGCCAUGCUGCCAAUGUUGAAACAUUAUUCGUUGAGUCAAUAUGCGAUGAGGAAGACCUAAUAAUGAACAACAUCCUCGAAGUCAAGACCACCUCGCCGGACUAUAAGGGGCAGGACCCUGAGGCUGCUGCUUUGGAUUUCCGCAACCGAAUUCGCAAUUACGAAAAGGUGUACGAGACCAUUGACGAUAAUGAGAAGCAUUACACCUACGUAAAACUCAUUAAUGUCGGGUCGACAGUGAUCAUAAACCAGAUUAAAGACUAUCUAUCUAGUCGGUUGGUUUAUUAUAUCCAGAAUCUCCACAUAAAACCCCGGUCAAUCUGGCUCUCUCGCCAUGGAGAAUCAGAAUAUAAUCUUACAGGGAAAAUCGGUGGGGAUUCUAACAUUUCGCCACGGGGCGAGGCUUAUGCCCGGGCACUUCCUGGUUUACUGAAAAAGUCCGGGGUGCCACCCAACACUAAAAUCGUGAUUUGGACAUCUACUCUCAGGCGGACAAUCCAGACAGCUCGACACCUCGCCGCGGAAACCGGAUACGAGAAGUUGGAAUGGAAAGCCCUUGAUGAACUCGAUUCAGGGGUGUGUGAUGGACUGACAUAUGAACAAAUCGCUGAAAAAUACCCAGAGGACUUCGCCGCGCGUGACGAGGACAAGUACAACUACCGCUACCGAGGCGGCGAAUCGUACCGCGAUGUUGUCAUUCGUCUUGAACCUAUUAUCAUGGAACUGGAACGCAGCGAGAACGUCAUCAUUGUCACCCACCAGGCCGUGCUGCGAUGUAUCUAUGCCUAUUUCCUAAAUACACCUCAGGAGCAGAGCCCGUGGAUGGAGGUUCCUCUACAUACUUUGAUCAAGCUUACUCCUCGCGCCUACGGCACCGACGAACAGCGUUUUAAAGCCGACAUCCCAGCUGUGUCUACCUGGCGUGCCAAAGGCACAUCCGCAAAGCAUCAAGAUUACCCUACAGAGAUCAAAGCGUGA